UUUUGCUUUUGUUUUUCAAUUUACAAUGAUAAGUAUUCAUGUUCAGAUUCUUCUAAUAAUUCUUUUUUGGAAUUCUGAUUGUCAGAUUAUUCCCAGGAUUGAAGAAUGUGGACUUUCAUGUUCUCAGGGGAUUAAUUGUAAAAGCAAGCCUUCCAGUAGUAUAUUUAACAGCUUCUGCCAUGAUGCUCCUGCAACUUUAUCUUCUACGGUACUGAAAAGCAUGAAAAUAUCAACAGUGAUGAAGUGUAUCCAAGGAAGUCCAUGCUCUCUAUAUUUGAACAUUAAAGGAACUUUGAGUCUGGAUGAAAAUAUACGUGGGCUGGAAAUAUGUUCUCUUUCACUGGACACACAGCAAUCUCAGUGCACAAAUGUGAGAUUUGCUAGGAAAAAAAGCAAGAUGCUUAAUGGAAAGAAGGUACAGGUACAAUUCAAUUGCAUUGAAGUCAAUGUAGCACAACAUAUCUAUGUGACCAUGAAAACAGUACCAAAUUUCUGCGAAGUCAAGCUGAGUCAGGAAUACUAUGUUGAAGAUUGCAGAAACAGUGAUUUGGGAAAAUAUAUUCCGGCUUGUUCGGCUGGGAAGAUUGAUUAUAAUGUAGACAGGGCAAGGAAAAUGAUAUCAGUGAAUGUAUCCAACUUUCUUCAAGAUCAAGAUUAUUAUAUUCGCCUGUGCCACAAAUGGUUUACCUGUGAAGAUGCAGGCGCAUUUGCUGUCAUAAAAGGGAAGGAAUCUUUAAAAUCGGUUUCUCUGAAAUAUUCUCAGCUGCUCCCUUGCCUUUGCAUUGAGGGUUGGCUGGCAAUCCCAGAUGCAAGGAGGAUACAACUUUGCCCCUUUGAAAAUGAUACGGAGGCGCUAUGGGAUAAUAUUGUUUACAAUCCAGCGACACAAACCCUGGCUUGGGAACCAGCCUGUCCCAUACUUGUCAUUGUUAACCUAUGCAGGUUAAUGAAGUCUAACGACCACUGUGAAGAUAUACAGAAUACUUACAAAAAUUCUUCUGAGAAACAGGUUAAAUAUUCUCGUGUGGACACUCACCCUAGGCUUUGCAUGAAGUUUACAACCAAAAAAGGCUCUUGGGUUAGAUGUCCAUUUGCUCAUGGAGAGUUUCCAGGUUGGAAAAUGAGAACGGCUGCAGCUGCAGAACAAAUACAAGUUUUCUUCACAUCCCAAAUGAAGGCACAGUUCUCAGUGCUUGUGUGUAACAGGACGCAGCUGACCUCGUGUGAAUCUGUUGGGGUGCACCAUUCAGUCUCUGUGGGAGAUUCUGUAUCAAUCACUAUGUCACAGGAAAUGUGUGGAUCAACAAUUUGCAUUCAGGGCUGGAGAACAGAUGUAGAUUAUUCAGUUCCACUGCAGAUCUGUGAUAUCCACUGUGGUUUUCGUGGUCAGACAUACAGUGAUGGAAACCCGGCAAAGGCCAUGACACACAGAAUGAAGACCGUGCAUUCCUUGCGUUGAAUUUAACAACACAUUUUCAAGGUCCUUUGUAUCUCCUCAACAUCAUGUUGUAUUUUGGAGUAACUUGCAAAUCUUGUCUAACUGGUCAUCUCUCAUGUUAGUAGUUUCUCCUACUUACUGUGAGUUUAUUUGCAUGAGCGAAGAAUUUAGCAAGUUAAGUUUUUUCUAAGACGACCAAAAAAAACUGGAUUAUGAUUCUUCAUUUCCCAGUAUUUCAAAACAAAGAAUGUCUUAGUUCACUUAAAGAAUCAGGUUCACAUUUUCCUCCUAAAUUUAUAUUUUAUAUACAAUAUGCUAUAAAUGAGUACUUUCAUAGUACCUUUUGUGCUUGUAGAACAAGUAUUUCAGAUUUUCUUAUUUGUAACAUUUGUUUUUAAACUGUAAGCAAAAGUUUUUGAGAGAUGAAGAACAGAGGAAGUUUUCUCAGCUUUGUUACAUUAUCCUUCUUUGUAACUUCAUUUUCUGAUGCCCUUUUGAUGAUCUCACUGUGAAAGGCCUUAUUCCUUAAGUAUAUCUAACAACUAUUUUUUGUGUUUGCAUUUGUAUUUGACUUGGAGAUAACUUUCCUAUUUGUCUGAGGACGUGCAUUCUUUGGUUUGAUAGCCAUUUAAAACUGCCAUGUGGAAAUCCAGUCUAGAAGGAAACAGUUCAGUGGAAAGAAUCAAAGUAUUUUUUCCUGUUGUGUCAGUAUUUAUACUCAUUUGUUGAAAAUAAUAUUACACACUGUACUGAUUAUCAGACAUUUGGCCCUUAUUUCAUGGAAUACUCCUGUCAAAGAUCCUUAAUUCCUGUUGUGUAACAAGGAAAGUCAACAAAAAGAUGAUUAAUAGCAAAUCCUGAAACCAUGAGGAAUUGUUCAUGUGACAUCAGGAAUAUUGGUGACGAGAGAUGGACUGGAACAAGAAGUUGAUCAAUAGAAAAAUAUUUUCCAUCUGAGUGUGUUAUUUUUGUUUCAAGAUUUCAAAGAGCAAUUUACAGGAUACAAUUAUAUCUGUUGUGUUGAAACACAGGGUUUUUGAGAUGUCCUGAAGAGACUAUGUUCUGCUUGGCUCCUUUGAUAUCAAAGUGUCAUUGUAGAGACUGCACAUCAAUUAGAUGUAUUCUUAUUCCAAGGAGUGCUGCAGGUCCAAAAGCAGCUGUAGCAAGGCAGCUUCACAAAAGCAUUUAGUUACUUACUUUGGCUGUGAAAUAGAAGCACUGAUCUCUUCAGACAGCUGCCUUUCCUUGAAUGCACUCUAGACUGCAGCCAGAAAUGAGACAUUCAGCCGUUCAGCCGAGAGAGUAUCUAAACAUUACUCUCUUCACCUUCCACCACUAGAAAAGUCUUUUCUGUAGGAAAGGUUGAUUUGUACAAUGUGCUUUUUGUUGCAGCAAAAUCUUAAGAUCAAAUUUUUGACUACGUUCUCAAACUGAAAAUGAAUUAAAAUUAUACAGGUGUAAGUAUACAGAGUCUGAAAACUUAAAUGCAGCCAAGGCAAAACAUCACCUCCAAUGACAAAUUCAUAUCAGGUCCUGAAGAAACAAUAGGUGUACUGAAGUGGUGUGCUUUCGAUGAUAAGAUCCUGUUUCAGCUGCACAGACACUAAAUCUCUUACAGUAUAUCUUUUCUUGUUGGCUGAAGUGAUGGAAAUACUAAAGAGAAUGUGACCAGCUGUGGUCUGAUCACCUUCAUGCUGGAUGGUGAACAUAGCAGACGUCACUUAAAUUAACUGCCUAAAAGUAAAGUGUUCAUUUAAAGUUAGCAGUGUAGGCCUCUAUGACAGCCACUGCAGAGAAACAAGUACUUCCAAGCAUAUUUCAUGUUGCUUGGAGAGCUGCUUUAGAGGGAGCCUAGAAAACUUAGUCUAAUGCUUACCGUUGAAACAUUCCUACUUACUGCAAUGUUUGUAAAUAAUCCAUAACAGUAUUUCAAUACUUUGGCUCAGGUCUAUCUGUUUGUGUUUGUGUAGUGAGAAAACUGCUCGUGGAUUUUCUGAUUGACUCCCAUGUUGAUCUUUAAGAAUCCUAUUUCUAAUAUACUUCUUCAGGCAAACAUGGCCUCUUCUGAUUGCAGAAUUCCUACUCCCUCUGACACCAACUCUUCCUGCUCUCUCAAAUAGUGACUCAAGUCACUGGAAAAAGUUCUGCUGAGGUAACGCCUUUUCUAGAGAAGUUAGAGUUCAGUAUUACAAAGCUAUCAGACAAUUACGUCCUUAUGACAUUACAGGUGUGAAAACAAAGCUUUUUUUUUUCCCCACAAGACUUCAUAAACAUUGCUAGGUCAAUCCUGAAAGAAGGUAUGAGAAUCUUUUCCAGUUCUAAAAGUAUUCAUUUCACUCUGCUGACCACUGAAAUAUUUUCUUUUUCUCACCCAAACUACGCAAUAUUGACCAAAGCACAGAUAUAUGCACUGUAACAACAAUCAAAUGCAAAAGUCCCCUAUGUGAUUGCCUAUAGACUUGUCUAAUUCUAUAAAGCCUCCCUUUUUUCAUUGAAGGAAAUUCCCUUGCUUGUCGUAGGACCGGUUCAAUCACCCUACUGUUAGCACUGAGCAUCAAUGUUACAAUUCUUCCAACAUAUUAGCAUAUAUCAGAAUGUCAUUGAGGUAUAGCAAAAGCACUGAUAGGUGUUUCAUAGUAAUCUGUUCAAAUCCUGAAAUUAACAUUUAAACUUACUGCGUAAAUUGAAGUUUUCCUCCACUUAUUUAGAGACCUUUUUUCACUUCACACUGCUGCAAUAAUUUGGAUGUCCUUAUUUGCAGUAGUAGAUACAUUUCCUUGACAGCAAAUUACAGUUGAGUGACACGCUUGAAUCAUCACAUCCUAAUGAGUAGCUGUGUACUCACUAUGCCAUAAUAACAACCACAGCAGAUCAAGUCCAGUGCUCUGUUGGCUGUAUUCCUGAUCCACCUCUUUUCUGGACUUCUGAUAAACUAGUUCAGAGAAAUAAACAUGAAGAAAAACAAUGACUACUUUUGUAGGGCUAGCUUACUGCUGAUUGCACUCCUUAAACUAUAAAGUCAGGUGUAUGUGAACUAGCAGAAGGGAAGCAGUCUAGCCAUAGGGGGAUGGAACCAGUGCUUUUCCUGUUAGUUCUUUAGCUAGUAGAUUGGCUGAACUGUAAGGUAACACUGCAACUUGAUCACCUACCUGUGCUUAGCAGGAAGAAAAUGUAUUUGCUUCCGUUUAUUGUGAAAAGUUGCAAUAAGUGAAUUCCCCUUGCUGAUAUCCUGUAACAGCUGGCCUUAAAAAAUGGUGUCUUUGUCUUGUAUCUCAUAUGCCCUUUAAGUUUUUUAUUGAACACAGAAAUAUCUUUCCUAGAUUUAGAAAACAAUUUCUCUUUCUUAUUCAGAAAGCCCUUUAGUGCAAAGACGAAAUGCUGCUGUGUUUAGUGCAGUACUAGAACAAGUCAAGUAGCAACGUGGGGGCUAUUACUCCAAUCUCUCUUCUGGUUUUCUACUGCUCUAAGCCAUUGCCAGUAUCACUGGCAAAUAUUUUGCAGGAACAGGCCUUUUAUGUGGCACUAAGCACUACUUUUUAAAAACUUUAACUGGGUGAGCAAGAGUUAGUUCUUCUAAUGGAUUCACAAGAAGCCCUUCCUAUAAAACAUCAAUGUCAAGACAGAUCUUAUCUACUUUCCAUUUACAUUGGGCCAAAUGACUCCUUAAUAUAGGGAUGAUACAAUAAAAACAGGAUAGCUCAUCUACUGAAAAAGAGAUAAUUUCUCUACACUGCAUCUUUCAGCAGACAGAAUUUGUAAGAUAUAUUUCCUGACAUGGACUACAUUCCGACUAAGGAAACUUAAAUCAUCCUGUUUUAGAGCUGUGUAAGUUCCUGUCUAACUUCUAAAGGUCUGGUUUUCAAAAUCAGCUUGGGAUGGGACCGUGUUCCACAUUGCUGUCUCUACAUGAGUGCAUGUACCUUUCAUAUCAUAGCUAAUGUAAUAAAAAUACUCUGUCCUUUGAGCCAAUAGCCACUAUUCUUAUGUAUGUCACAGCUUCUGGUACAUACUUCAUGCCUGAACACUUGCUGUAGAGGUUUCCAAGCUUUACUCUCAUAGCUUAUAAGCAUUCUGAAGCUGAAUUUGUGCUUGGACAACAGUUCUUGCAUGAAAGGUUCUCUGAUGGUAUGUGUCUGGAAGAAGAAAAGAUGAAAGGCAAAAGAAGGCCCAGAGAUAGGAUGACUAGAUAAAAGAUAGGGAGGAUGUACUUUGCCACCUGUGGGCACAGGCAGGGAGAAGCACUCAGCAGGGAACAGUGUAUAUGGAGCCUGCAGAAGGAAGCCCCUAAAGGAUGAAGAAUGGAGUGGAUGUGCAGAAGUAGAGGCAGGUAUGACUGAAGUUGGGGCAGGGGAGAUGGAUUGGAGGGCACAAAGAUUGUGUGGGAGGAGCAGCCAGGCUACCCAGGGGUGAUCCACAUUGCUGGCUCAACUCUACUCCUCACUCAGAACCUGCAGGUAAAAUAAGAAUGUGAGUGGAAUGUAUUUAGGCACGUACCUCUCUGUAUCCAGUGCAUACAUCUGCCCUACUUGGUUGUUCCUCACUGUCGUCCCUGUGCUAUGCUCUCUUGUCCCCUCCUUCAUGGAGCUCAGCAUCAUGAUGAGUGGAAUGCAAACAGACCCAGAACCUCCUUGUAUGGCAGGGAGCCCCCUUCAAUGUGCUAAUGGACUUCUUACCUAUAGGGCUUAACAGUUUAUCAGGUCCUCAGCAAGUUGUCUUACACCUCACCUUCCAAGCACAGAGCAUGAGUUAGGAAGGAUGUGGAAACAGCCUGUAAUUUGUUCUUGCUUCUUCAAUAAUAGCAGUCCUGACACAGUGGGAAGAGAAAGCAAAGGUGAGAUUCAAAUGAAUGGAGAAACACUGAGUUACACAGCAGCCAUAUAUCUUUAAUAGUCUUUUCAUGACCAUUUUCCCUUUUAAAAGUACCGGAACUUGACAGAGCUAUUUCUUUCUUUUUUUCCCUCUAUUUUUAGAAGCGAACUUUCGCUUUUCUUAGUCACUUAAUAUUAUAAUGAAUCUCUUCCUCUCUUGUAGUGUUGAACUUCCCUGGCAGGCAGCUUCCUCUCCAGUGCUCCUUCUUCUACUUCUACUAUUCUGAGACCAGAAUAUCUUCCUACCUCUGUAGUUUGUUCUCACUGAUUAUUUAUCUGCAAGACCCUGGCCAGCUGAGUGCCUUUAGACUGGUCUGUUGCCAGCUCACCCUGGAAGACAUGGUUUUCUGUAUGACUGAAGAUACCAAUGUCAUAAUAACUCUUAAAAUUUCCGCUUCUUCCAUGAUGUAUUCUUUUAUCUGCCUUAUUUCUUAUCUGUGCUCUACCCAGGCUACACUGAUGAACCUUGCAACCAUUUGCGCCUGUGUAUGACAGAAUAUUUCUAGACCAUGUGAGCUUCUUCUGCCUGAGGUCUAAGAUGGCUGUGUGUUCGAGUCCUAGAAGUCACUUAACUGUAUUUGUGUGGAAAUAUGUCUAAACUAAUAAGAUCUACUAUAGGCAGAAUUUGACCACUGCACUAAUGUGGUUUCUGGAUUGAGGAUCAUUUACUGUGGCCAAAUCAGAGCACAGACAGCAAUCUGGCAUCUGUCCUCACCUUGCUAUAUAAACAAAACUUCAGCUUUUUUUUUUCUGGAUAUAUGUUCUGCAGUGUUGUGUGAGCUAUGUUUCCCAAAUUCCCUUUUUAUCCCUUGGCUUAUUUAAGGUAUGAGGCUGAACUAAGCCAAAUGAGACAUCUCAUUUCGGGUCCCUUCCUUUAGAUACUGUGGGUUGUUUUUAUGAUUCAAGCUGAGGCAUACUUCCUACAUUCUUUUAAGCUUCUGUGAGUUAAUGAUGAGUGUAAAACUCUGGUAGGUACCUAGCCUGAGUCAGCUUCUUUGGCCUGUUUUCAGGCAGCUGAUUUCUGUGGUGUUUUGUGACCCUCGAGUUUCUUUCUGGAGGCACACUUCCAGCUCUUUGGCAGCACAUUAGAGAUCACUUUAAUUUCUAAGCUCCAAGGUGAUCAGGCUUCAUCUGUUUCUAUUGCCAGGAGAACAUUCACCAAAUAGCUACCAAAUAGCUAAUUGUGGCUGGCCAGCUCACCAGAUAUCACCUCCACUUCCAAAAAGAAAUGCUGCAACUGGACUUCACAGUCUGUUAGUAAAAAGUGCAGGCAAAUCCAACCAACAUUUUUCUCCUGCUAGACUUUAUAUCCUUUGGCUGUUGCUGCAAAACCUUCAGAUGCCAUCUUAUUGCAUUGUUUUUUAAUUUUGUUUGCCAAGUUUCAUUCCUGGGAGCUGGUCCACUGCAGCUCCAUCUGGCCUCCAUAUGAAAAUGAGCUCACAAGAUCUUCAAUUGGAUACCUUGGAGGGGAUUUAGGCCUUUGUGGCAUGUCCAAAAUCUAGAAACAGCCAGGGGCAAAUCCAGAACCUAUGCCUUCACAGCUGAAGAAUGUAUUAGUUCCAUGCUAGCGAGCAACCCUCUGACUUUUCUUCCGUGAGUGGAAUUCUAGAAGUUCAGAGUUCCUUUACUUUCUCUUGUACAGAAGUGGCUUUAGAGAUCUGUUUUUUUCAUGGAUGAAAUUACUAAUGAGUUUAUCUCUUUCUGUCUUGUCCUCCUACUUUAACUUGUCUUCCAUGAGGUGGAAUGCCUCUGAGGAGGCAGACCUUUCAGUCACAGCCAACUGGAACUAACUUAAAGGAAUACUUUGGAGAGAUAAACACCAACAGGAUGCUAAGGUAAAUGUGUUCCAGUUGCUACAAGGGUCUUAUCAGGCACUUAAGAUUGAAAUAGAACCAACUUUCAGGAAACUGGGUCUGAAGAAGCUUUGUGAAAUGACCCUCAGUCUUAAUGGAAUAGAAAACUCUCUGAUAUUUUGUUGUUUUCUUUGUCUAAGAAAUAUUUUGCAGUCCCUAGGAGAAAAUUUUAUUGUUCUAGUUUACUUCAGGGUUCUGAUCACCUACAUUACCUAUAUAUUAGUUCACUUCAUGGCUUUCAUUUGGAGCAAACAAGCUUUUCCCAUCUGAGACAAAGCGUGGGCAUGGCAUAGGCUCCAGGGUAUUUUCCCUCUCUUUAAGGUGUGUGGAUAUAGCCAGUCUGCUCUUCAAAGAGCCCUGGGACAGUAUAUAUAUAUAUAUAUAUAUAUAUAUAUAUAUAUACACACAAGCUGAUUUUGCAAACUAAGAUUUACUCCAUGGAAAAAGUCAGAAAGAUAAUGUAUAUGUGUUUACGAGGGCUGUUUGUCACUUGCCAUUAUUUGCUUGGUGCAGAGACAUUGAGUAUUGUGGUAAAUAGCUGCACAAAAAUUCCUGCCUUUGUACACUGCCUCAGAUGAAAGUGGACUCUUGAUUCCUGAAUGGAUGCUCUACUGUAUUCCAGCUUAGCAAUGCUCUGUCAUCACUACAGGAUAAAAGUAAUAAACUGUGUUUGAAGAAUAUAAGCCACCAUCUAUGUUUAUGGCAUUUUAUAAGACUGAAAAUCUACGGGCUAAUUUGGUGUAGAUUCUCACAAGGUUUCAUUCUCUUUAUCUAUUAAGUACUCCAAUAUUUUGAUUGCAUCUCACUGAAAUGAAAAACCAUUGCAUCAAGUUUUUCCUGGAGAUAGGCCUGUGCAAGACAGCAUAUGGAGUAGCAGCAUUCCCUUACCUAUAUUUUAAGGUCUCUGAAGAAACUGCUUUUAAAAGUAAUAGGCAAUUUUAUGGAAUUCAGGAAAACUCCAGCAAAAUGGGAGGGUGACUUAAAAAAUGUUCAUUGUAAUAUAGUUCACAACCACAGUUCCCAUCCCAUGUCUAAUCUGUUGGUUGUGAAUUUUUGUGAAGGGAGUGUGUGUGUACGUUCAUGUGUGUGAAGUUUGAGACAAAGGGAGACAAAGAAUGAAUGCAGUGAGAAACUUUCUCCUGCCCUUUGUACCGCUGUUUGACAGCAACAAUCCCUAUGCCUGCCUGAGACACUGUUCACUGCUCACUUAGUAUUGUCACAAAGGAAACAGACUUUGUCCUGGCCGAGUAAAAUAUGCCUCUCAUUGUAAGUCAUCUGUAGAAAUUAGUAAUAAAUCUCAGUCAAAUAUGGAUUCCAUUUGUUGAUUAUUUUUUUGUGUGUUAUUUUUUGCUUGGCAAUUUAUGCCCACUACUGAUUUUCACUUCUCAAAAGCACAAAAGCUCUUAAUUCUCCUAUGAAGUCUAGUGAAUCAUUUCCAGGUAAGUGGAAAACAAGUUUUUAGACUAUGAGGCAUAUGGAACAGAUUUAAAAUGAGGGUAUUUAUAGGUUUU